AUGACCUCCAACUCUCAGUUUGACAACAAGACCACUGGCACGGAAGUAGCCGCAGCCUUUGGCGAUGAGAUUCGUGGAAAGAAUGUCGUCAUCACUGGUGUCAGUCCCUCCAGUAUUGGUGCUUCUACUGCACUGGCAAUAGCAUCACAGGCACCAGCCACGCUAGUCUUGGCCUCUCGCACCCAGUCCAAAUUGGAAACCGUGGCUGCUGAGAUCAAGGCAAAGUAUCCAACAGUCACAGUCAAGAUCGUUCUUCUGGAUCUCUCAUCAAUUGAGUCAAUCAAGACCGCAGCUACUGGAAUUAGUGGUGCCUUGAACCACAUCGAUAUCUUGAUCAACAAUGCUGGACUCAACCUCCAAACUCGAGAUGCGGUCACAACUCCUGGCGGAAUCAAGGUCGAUCAGCAGCUCUUCACAAAUCACGUUGGCCCGUUCCUUCUCACAGAACUCCUCCUCCCAAAGAUCAUCAGUGCCGCGUCAAAAGGCCCAAAGGGAAGUGUUCGCAUUGUCAACGUUAGCAGCCACGGCCAUCGCUUGUCUCCAAUCCGCUUCAGCGACUACGCAUUUGAGAAGGACCUCUACAAUGGGGUACCGGAAGAGGAGAGACCUCCAACUGCCGUUAUCCCAGGGUUUCUCCAAGCCAAGGACGGUUACCCCGGCUUCAUUGGUUACGGGCAGAGUAAGGCAGCCAACGUGCUUCACUCUGUGGAGCUCACAAGGCGGCUCCAAAAGGCUGGAGCGAACGUGUCGGCACUAUCGGUGCAUCCGGGAACCAUUGACACAGGUCUGACCCGCAGUCUAGACACCGAGGGGCGAGGGACUAUGGGGGGAACAGCGCCAGGGGGUGUCUGGAAGACGAUGGACCAAGGAGCCGCAACAACUCUUGUCGCUGCUUUUGAUCCGAAGCUCACAGAGGGAUGGACAAAGCCGUACUGGUACUUGGCUGACUGCCAGCCAGCUGAUGAGAAGUUGGCUGCUCAUGCCCAUGAUCUUAAGGCGGCAGAGAAGCUAUGGAGCGAGACAGCGAAGAUGCUGGAUAUCAAGUCUAUAGUUUGA